AUGGCAGUUGAUCUGGAUGUAAAGGAAUUAUUAAUCAUGGGGAAUUCUGAUUUGAUCAUUUGGCAACAUGUGGAAGAUCUCAGGAAACAGUUCAAGUCCAUCGAGUUCAGGUAUAUUCCUCGAUUCCACAAUGAGCUAGCUGAAGCACUAGCUACUUUGGCCUCAAUGCUGCCGCACCCGGGUAAUGUUCAUAUUGACCCGCUGGAAAUCCAAGUUCGAGAAAGGCAUGGUUAUUGUAACGCAAUUGAAAUGGAGCCAGAUGUCCAGCCAUGGUAUCAUGAUAUCAAAAGGUUUUUGAAAACAAAAAUAUAUCUUGAGCAGGCCAGUGGAGAUCAAAAGAGAACUAUUAGAAGGCUUGCAACCAGUUUCUUUUUUAGUUGA